UGCGAUUCCGGAUUACGCACUCGAGUGUCGUUUGUAGAGAGGAAUCAGAGGAAGAAGUGACGUCGAGCGAGCAGCGACAAGCUCCGCAAUUAUGGUGGCGAGGACGGCUGGUUCGGACACCGUCGUUUCAGCUUCGGAGGAGAUGACCGUGGAAGGAAUUCGGUGCCCCGAGCAGCGGAGCAGUGAGAGCCGCCGCCCCGACAGCAAGUGCAACUAUGUCUACGAGGGUCGGGAUUGCUAUCCCAUGCCCGUGGUUGAUUUGCAUGGCCUCGAGGACGAGGAUCCGCAGAUCAGAGCCUCUGUUCUGCGAGAGCUGAAGGAAGCUGCGAAGGUCGGUUGUUUUACGACGGUGAAUCAUGGCAUCGAUCCGAAGGUGCUCCUGCAGCUCAGGGAGAACGCCAACGCAUUCUUCUCUCUGCCUUCCGAAGACAAGGCCAAGUGCGCCAAGGUCCGCGGCCCCGGGGCCUUACGGGCAGUCGGCUAUCAGGGCCAAUUUCAAGACCUCACCGAGAAGGCCUUUAUCGUGCAGCGCCGGGAAGUUUUCGAGAUUCAAGGGUGCCCGCUGGAGGGCCGGGACUCCGUUCCAUGGCCCCAGUCAUCGCCUUCUUUCAGAGAGAGCCUGGAGACAUUCGCCGAGGAAAUUUGCAAACUGUCGACGUGGGUAUGCGAGUCGCUGGCUGAAGCGCUGGGUUUGAGUCGGGAUGCCUUUAUCAAGCAGCUCGUCGGGGGUGUACAUCAGCAAGUUGUCGCUUGCUCGUAUCCUGUACCAGAAAAGCAGCCCCAGGUCACCCCAAGCUCGAUCGGAUUCGGUGCUCAUUCGGAUCUUCCUGUCUUCAACGUUGUCGUGGAGGAUGAGAGUGGUGGGGCACAGGUGUGGCAUGACGAUCAAUGGAUGAAUAAUCGUCCCAUUUCUGUGGGUGUCAGUUUCUUCCUCGGUGAUCCCAUAGAGUGCAUGAGCAACGGGAUCUACCACUCGAUGAUUCACCGAAUAAUUGCGCCGAGUAACAACAGCAGGUUUUCGUGCGUGACCACAUUCGAGCCUGUGGAUAAGGACGCAACUGUGAUACAGCCGGUGCCAGAGCUUGUGGCAAGGUCGGGCCAGCCUGCAAAAUACGUUGCUUACAACUUCGGCGGCCGUGCCAAAUCAAUUAUGUUUCAGCGAUUCGAUCCGGAGAUUAUGACCAAGCGGUUUAUGGUCACAGAUUUCUCAGUCAUCGAUCCCUUGCGGAAUUUUUCUUACAGAGACGGUGUCUUUCAUAUCGGAAGCCGGCCACUUGGAAGUGCCACAGAGGGCUAUUGAUGGAGAGCACCAAGAGGCUCGUCCCAAACAUUGUGUACAUACUACCUUAUUCACUAUUCCCUUAUUUCAUAAUCGUUAAGCUCCCAGUGACGGGUCUGAUGGUAAUUAUGAAUCAAUGACGGGUAAAUGAAUUGAAUAAUAGAAUCUCAGGUUGUCGAUGAUUUCGGUGUGAUCACUGCUUGUGAUCAACCUUUUACCUUCAUGUAUAUUUAGGGCUUGUUUGCUCUGACGAUGUUUUCACUGAUCGAGGAUCAGAAGUUUACGGUGAACAGCCCUCCAUUAUCGGACGAAAAAUCUGAAUGUUUAUGAAGAAAAUGGCCUCGCCCGGGGAUCUAGCCAUCGGAGGUUUGCCUGUCCAAGGAUGUGAACAACGAAAAUAGACAGUAAAAUGGACAUUCUUUCUGUUAGCAGAGGAGAGGAAUAAUAUAUAUCAGUUGUGGAUGGUAAUCUGUUUAUUUGGAGAUGAUUACAUACUAGGACAAGGACUGAGGACUUUGUCAACUCAAGUACAGAAUCUCAAUGUUGACCCUUUAAACUGUGCCGUUGGUCCCUUAGUCCGCACCCCCUUGGAUCCUGAGCAGCUAGACUUCAUAAUCGAGAUAUUACAUCUCCAUACAACAGCGAACCUCCAUACCAGUGAACCUCCAUCCUCGCUAAACAGCGUGUAUCAUAUGGUCUUUCUCACGCUGCACGUCGGUCUUGAGAAGCUUCUGCGUGGAGCCAAUUUUGACGUUCCACCAUUAUCCAAGCAAUACUGCUGGAACGACACUAACAAUACUAUCAGAAAAAACAGGAAAUUAUGGCAUGUCUUACCCAGGAUCUGUCUAAACGUUUGUCGGACAAUGAUCUUGCAAACAGA